AUGACCAACCCCGCCGCCUCCCACCUCCUCACCCUCCCCAACGAGCUCCUCUUCAUCAUCGCCGAGCACCUCCCCGUCCCCGACCUCAACUCCUUCCUGCAAACCAACCGCCACCUCGCCGCAAUGCUCACGCCGCUGCUGCACCAAUCCGCCGUGACGGACCUGGACGGGUGUCCCGCGCUGCUGUGGGCGCUCGGCACGGCGCACGAGCAGCUCGUGCGCCUGCUGCUCGAGAAGGGCGUCGACGCCAACUCGCAGCGCAACGGCGUCACGGCGCUCCUGUACGCCGUCAUCAGGCUGCGCGAGCCCAUCAUGCGCAUGCUGAUCGACGAGGGCAGCGACGGCGUGAGGGAUGCGGUCGUCCGGCUCGGCGAGUCGAUCUUUGGGCUGCUGAGUACUGGCAGGGGCGGCGGGCCGGCGGGCUUGGGCUUGGGCUGUAGGAAGGGGGUGGCGCUGGAGAGGGUGCAGGUUGCGCAGUGUGCGUAG